AUGCCAUCUGUGACAAUCACCCGAAGUACGAGUGGCAUCCUCAACUCGUCGAAAUUGCCUCGCGAGGUGGACCAGGUCCCUAAAGAGGAAUCUGGUCUUGGCGUCGACAUUCGCAAGCUUCGACAAUCCUUCUUUACAUCCGUCCUGCUCCUCGAAGAAGCCGCCAGUGCAGUCUUACGCAAGUAUUCCGAAGGUGAAAAGCCGCUCUUUUGUCAGGAGGGAUGCAACAUAGAUGUUGGCUCCGUCAACGAUGAUGUCGUCUAUCGGCCGUAUGCGGGAAAGCUAGGUAGAUACCGCUGGUCUCACGUCUUGGUGCCAGGAGAGCUGAAGUGCACCACAAUGGCAGACGCACCGCCGGUGGCGUGGAUCGACCUAGCAGGGCAUGCGAGAGAGGUGCUGUCGGCUCAAGGCACUGGACGCUUUGUCUUGGCCUUUUCUCUGUACGGGUCCCUCGUAGGCGAAGAAAGGCUAGGGUUUGGCCUUACUAUCAGGACGUCUCACGGCAAGCGUUUUAUCGAAAUUGAACGGAACAGUCGGCCAGAGCGCCUCAUCAUCGACGAGGUCAUUGCACGAUCCCGCUGUAUUGCUGGAAGAGCAACUACUUGCUGGAAGGCAUAUAUUGGGGGCGACCCGCAGACGGUCUUUGCCAUCAAGGGUUCAUGGCAAUACUCAGAGCGGAACGACAAGGGCGAGAUUCUUCGAGAGGUCGCCCAACAAGGUGUGACUAACGUCGCUCGGUAUAAUUAUCACAAGACGGUUCGUCUUUGUGACGCCGAAGACGAAAUUCGAAACAGUGUUUGCACGGGACUGGAUAUCACCACUGCUGUUGCUCCUCCAGCGACCACUGAUGCGGUGACUACCCCCGACUCGACGGCUACUACAGUAAUGGCCAAUGCCCCGGCUGCAGGCGAUGCCGUAGCCACAGCCACAGCUGAUCCAACGGCUAUAACAGCCGUGGUGGGAAAGGCUUCUGCAAAUGAUACAGUAGCCCCUACUACGACGACGACGACGAUAGCGCGAAGGACACCGGCGUCAUCCAUCUCUACGUCUUCCACGAUAGCUGUGGCGGCUCCUCGACGGAAACGCCCCACCGCUCAACAGGGGAAGAAGAAGACACCGAGAGUGCAGCAGCUCUGCCAAAGCGAGAGACUACGGACGGCCAAUCUACAAGGCUAG